AUGAAGAGGUACGUGUAUAACAUCCUAAUGGCCUCUUUCUUGUUCUACGUGAAAGAAGAUGUGCUGGUGGGAAGCGAGGAGAUGCCGAUGAAGUACUCAGACAUGCGAGGACUGGAUGACUUAACGAAUUUGAAUGACGAACAAGUGAAAGACAUCCUAGGGUUGGACAUCAAAGGAGCCAAGGAAAGAAUUGAGAAAUUGUUUGCAGUGAUUGAUAAAAACAAUGAUAAGGUAAUAUCAGAAGAUGAGCUAAACGCAUGGUCUACUUAUGUGAAGAAUGAGGUGUUCCUGAAACAGGUGCAGGUAGAAAUGAAACAGAUCGACGGAGAUAAGGAUGGAUUCAUAUCCCUGCCAGAAUUAAAUGAAGCAUUUUCACAGAACCUAGAUGCUAAAGAGGUCGAAAAACACGCAGAAGGAUUACUAAAGAGGUUUCAGAUUGUCGACAAGGAUAAAGACAACAAGCUAAACAUAAACGAAGUAGGAUUGUUAAUCGAUCCAAUGAAGGACGAAGAGUUGAAGGAAUUAGAAAUAAAUGAAAUUCUGGAGCACCAUGAUGUAAAUAAGGAUGGCAGAAUAUCAGUUGACGAAUUUAAGCAAACGAGAACGGAUGAUCCCCAUGCGAAGAAGGACGAUGAUGUUGCUCUCGAUGAUUUCAACUUUUUCGAUACAAAUAAAGAUGGUUUUAUAGACAAGGAAGAAAUUGUUAAGGUAUAUUUUGACCCAUCCAAUGAAGCGGGUUCCAUUAACAUAACCGAAGUGAAAGAUACCAUCUUCGAAGGGAAACCUAUUACUUUUGACUUAUGGAAUGAGAAGGCGCUCAAAUUAGCAGUAACAUCGUUGACUGAUUACGGAGACAUUUUAAGAUACCCAGAAGAUUUCAAACUUGACAUUGGUAAGAAUGUUGUGCUUCCCUCCACAAGAGGAAGAACUGGGACUGAGGACGAGUUAGAUCGGGACGACGGGGCUUCAGGCGACAAGGAAGACGGUGCGGACGGUGAAGCCACACUCAAGACCCCAACCCCAGAUGAGUUAUAA